AUGUCUGAUCCGCGUACCGAGCUGGAGCACACACUUCGCGAUCUAUCGAUUGGCGAAAAGGGACCGGUGCAGGAUAUCUCACGACCUACGGUGAAAGGCCUUUCUACGGGCUCAGCUACAUCUACCCCAAAGCCAAAGCCAGCAAAGAAAGCUAAAGAGGUCGUCGCGGAUUCCUGGGAAGAUGAGGUUGAUCUCUCGGAUGAGGAGCCUGUUUCUGCAACAUCAUCCUCCCUCCUUUCGCCUACAAUAAGUGCGGAAGGCCCGCUUGAUCCCCCGCCCACACCUAUCUCGCCACAAACUUCACAACCUUGGGGUGCUGCGAGGGCGGGUUCUCCCGCUGGUGGUUGGGAGGGCAGUUCUGGUCCAGCCAAGCGUCCCGAGAAGCAGACUGCCGUUGCUGGAAGGCUGAUUGCUGGUGCACUGGGGAUUCGGGCGCCUAAGCGUACGGAGGAGCAGCGCGCUUAUGAUCGGGCGGUGAAGGAGCAGGAGAUCAAGAGGCGGAAUCGCGAGCGUGAGGAGGCAGCCAAGGCCAAAGAGGAUGAGGAGAAGGUGAAGGCAUCUGUUUGGACAGACUAG